AGUAAUAAUUCUCGUCCAAGCAAAUUGUGUUACUUCAUGUAAACAGGCAGCAAGGAUGCACGAAAUGGCAAUACGAAAAAUAUGUACAACAGGCAAUUCACAGUGGAAUUUUCCAUGGGCUAACAAUAAGUGUGUUUAAAAUAAAGAGCUAUGGCCAAAAGUAAGUUUGAAUAUGUGAAAAAAUUUGAAACCAACAGCACUUGUUUACCUAAUUGUUGGAUUGUGGUACGGAUAGAUGGUAGAGGGUUUCAUAAAUUCUCACAAGAACAUGAUUUUGAAAAACCUAAUGAUAUCAGAGGAUUAUCACUGAUGAACAAAUGUGCUGCCGAAGUAAUGAAUCAAUUUCAUGAUAUUGUAAUAUCUUUUGGAGAAAGUGACGAGUAUAGUUUUGUGUUUCAUAAAAAGUCAACUCAAUUUAGCCGCCGUGAAAAUAAACUGAUGAGCAAUAUAGUCUCUUUGUUUUCGUCAAGUUUUGUUUUUUACUGGACAGAGUUUUUUGCAAAUGUUAAAUUGAAAUAUCCUCCUAUGUUUGAUGCACGAACCGUUGUUUACCCUUCACUAGAAAAUAUCAAGGAUUAUUUGAGUUGGAGGCAGGCUGAUUGUCAUAUUAAUAAUUUAUACAACACAUGUUUUUGGACACUAGUAAACAAAGGGGGAUUAACGACAACUGAGGCUGAAUCAAGGUUAAAGGGUACUUUAUCUGGUGAUAAAAACGAGUUGUUAUUCUCAGAGUUUGGUAUGAACUAUAAUAAUGAAGAGAGUAUGUUUAAAAAGGGAACAAUACUAAUUCGAGAAAAAAUGCUAGAAAGAGUUCCAAGAAGUGAUGGUAUUUUAAAAGAUUUUAAUGAUUUGGUUAUUCGAGAAAGGAGAAAAAUUAAAGAGCUGCAUGUUGAUUUGAUUGGAGAACAAUUUUGGAAAGAUUAUCCUGUUCUUUUUUAAAUGUUAUUGUAUAUGCUAAAGGGAGUAAAAUUUUAAAAGUAAAAUUUAUCUGUUUUCUUAACUGAAACAACUUCCAGCUAAAUUAAAAUUUGAAAUAACAGAAGCGCUUUUAAACAUGUAAAUUGUAAUUUUCCUCAGUUUUGAAAAGUUCUAUUCUGCUUAGCGUUCAGCAUGAGAAUAGGAUUGCUAUGUUAGGAGGUUGUCAAGUUAAGUGAUUGCCUUGCUUGCUUAUUUGGUAGCUCAAAUAAGAGCUUUAAACGCACUAGGACCUCGAUAGGGACUGAAGAGGCUAUCCUGGCUAAAUAAUUUCCAUAAACAAAACUUCUCAAAUCUCCUCCAACAUUAGAUUUUUUAACAACUUUCUCUACGGAACACUUUAAUUGUAGCUUUAUAAACUUAUAUUGAAAAAUUCUAGAAAUUCUACAUGGGUGCAGCAAAAAUAUUUUCAAUUUCUGUAAAAAAAAUAUGAAAAUGUCCCAAAAGUGGCUGAAAAAAACAAAAAUCAUCAAAUCUUCUGAAAUUUAUCUCUAUAUACAGAGUGGCAAACCUGUCUAAAUUAAAAAAAAAAAAAAAAGAUUUAAAAGUUGAAUUUUGUGAAUGAGGUUCUUCAUAUUUCAUGCAUUUUUCAAAUUACAUAAAUUUUCAAAAUUGAAAUUUUUUUACCUUAGUUGGUCUUUCCCAGUACUAUGCUUUUUUAUUUUAUUAUUAUUAUGGACCAAAUAAUAUGAAAAUAUUUUUUAUAUUUUUUAAGUCUUUAUUGUUUAUUUGUUUAUCAUCUACCAAAUAGAAAAUAUAAUAAUGGUGUGCA